GGUAAUUGUACGAGUCCUUGUCCGUCUCGACCACGCCCUUGGGGCCGAUGGUGGUGCCGAUCAUUCCGCCCUUGGCGACGAAUUCUUCCAUGGCUUCAGUGUCUCCCGGGUAAGGGAACUCCCGGCGCUCGUAUAGAUGAGCCAGCUCCCUUUCCUCCUUGGGUCUUGGCUUCAGCGUCCACCACCCGAGCGGAGAGGUCUCGUUGUAGAGCCACGCCAGGCCGAAGAUGGUGUAGGUGCAGGCCAGGGCCUUGCCUAUUUGCUUCCAGAAGUACCAGUCGUCUCUUCCUAUCCCCACUUUGCUCAGCUUCUUGGUAACGCUUUCGCACCAUUGGAGCGAGAAGGGAUCGGAGAGGUUGCGGGAUUAUCGAAGAUCUAUCUUUCCGUCUUCGUCCAACAAUUGUCAGUCGUCAGAGCUCAGCGGUGCUCUUCCUGUGAUCAAGGUCAGCACUCGGAUCGUUUUAAAUUUUUCAGAUCUUGAACUGAUCCCGGUUUACUCUGCUUUUGCAAGUGACGCUCAAUUCACGGACUGGGCCCACUCGCUCGGAAUAUGAUGUGUAAUGGGCCCAUUAGCUAGAAAUUCGUUGUGAUUUCCUGGUUGGGCUUUAAAGCCCCAGACUUCAUACAUGUUGUUGUUGUUAGAGGUGGGCGGCUUGGGUGGGUUUUGGCUUCAAAUUGACCCACCCGCUUACUAGCGAGUUGGAAUAAUUGUGACCCGCAAUCCAC